CUGUUAAACAAAACAGUGCAUGCUGGGAAGGUAACAUGGCGUCUGCUUGUGGCAGAUCGUAGAGAUUUUCUUUCUGCUCACAAUCGUCGGUCCUGCAUAAUGUAACUAAAAUUUGCCGACACAGAAGAAGAUAUUCAUGAAAUUUGCAGCUGUCGCUUGCGCCAUUAACUCACAUGUUAAACAUGAAUAAAUCAUUGUGAAUAAUAAGCACGACCCUUUUUGUUUGCAUCUUUGUGAGCAUUUUUCUGCCAAAAUGGUCGAGGUUGAGUGUGGAGGGUUUACAUUUUCAUCAAAUUUUGAGUCCGGGAACAUGGCUCGAGUAGAACAGGUUCCUCUACCACCUAAACCACCACCUCUACCAGGUCAAAGCUCUAGUUCCUCAGAUGUCCCAGACUAUGAAUUCAAUAUUUGGACAAACCCUGAUUGUGCUGGUACUGAGUUUGAGAAUUCUAAUCGCUCAUGGUUCUAUUUUGGGAUUAGAGGAGGAACUCCCUUUGCAUUGGUAAAGUUAAAUUUGGUGAACUUAAAUCGUCAAGUUAAAAUGUACUCUCAAGGCAUGGCUCCAGUAUACAGAAUUCUCCCUGGUAGAGGUCUGUGGGAUCGUAUCCGAGAGAAACCCACCUACACGAUUGAAGACAGUGUGUUCACACUCAGCUUUCGGUACCGCACCUUAGAAAACAUCAAGGCAACUACUUACUUUGCUUUCACAUUCCCUUACUCAUACCAGGAUUUACUGUCAUCGCUUCGUGGCUUUGACAAACGUUUCAAAAACUGCCUUCAACCUGAAAAAUAUUUUCCUGGUCAGGGAUUUGUUUCCAACCCUGAUGACAUAUAUUAUCAUAGAGAAGUAGCUUCAUUCUCAUUGGAUGGACGUCGGUUGGAUCUUUUAACAAUAACUUCACACCAUGGAAUCACCCCUUACAGAGAACCUAGACUGAAGAACUUGUUUCCUGAUCUUGAAACUCCUAGACCAUACAUAUUUUCUGGCAAAAAGGUCAUAUUUGUAAGUGCACGCGUUCAUCCAGGAGAGGUACCCUCUAGUUAUGUGUUGAAUGGACUUCUGGAAUCACUUCUAAAUCGAGAUGAUUUGACAUCAAUUUUAUUACGUCGAAUGUAUGUCUUCAAAGUAAUACCCAUGUUAAACCCAGACGGUGUUGCUCGUGGACAUUUCCGAACAGAUACUAGAGGGGUCAACUUAAAUAGAGUUUACCUCAAUCCAUCACUUGUAUACCAUCCAACAAUAUAUGCUGCUCGCGCCAUUAUUAGAUAUGCUCAUUUUGGCCAAGAAGUUAAUGAUGAUGCUUCUAUUGAACAUGAGCCAGUGGAACAGGCACCAGAACUGCCAAGUCAUCCGGGAACCCUUGAUACAGCUUCUGUGAUAGAAAACAGUGAUACAGUUUGUCAAGAUAUCCAACAAGGACUUUUAUCUACCUGUAAUCCACCUUCAAACUUGCAAAAUUUUCUGCAACCGCUUUCUUGCUCUCUCCAAGCCUGUGAACCAACAAAUGUGAUUGACACUCCAAUAAUUAUGGAUAAAGAUGUAAACAUGCACUGUGAGCCAGCACAAGCUGAAGAAGAUUUGCAGAAUUCUGAAGACAAUAACACCUCGCAAGGCAGUUCUGAUCCUAUAGAAAUGGAUGUGGAGAAAGAGAAAAUUGAGAAAACAAAGAAGGAAAUUUCAGAUGUUUUGAAGGAUUCAUUUUGCGCUGGAUUUCCUUCUGCUACUCAUGGGGUUGAAUCUCUAGAUGAACAUCAAUUUGUUACUUCUCCAGAGCCUGCAGGUGACACAGAAGUGGGUGCUGAAAUUGAGAUUAAAAAUCAAAUUGCAGAGAACAUAGAGGUUACUGCUUUGAAAAAAGGAGCAAAUAACAUUGUCUCGUGUGAUGAAAAUAUGGGUCCAGAAGAAGUAAGACGACGGAAAGAAAUGAAAAGGAAACCAGGAUCCUCUGAAGCUUCCAAAUCCAUUCGAAUUUUUACGCGUCCAGUAAGUCGUAAUGAAGAUGAUGGAAAGAAUGAUGAAAUCUCCUCUUGCCAUGGCAACAAUAUUGGUGCUUGUGUAAAUGGUGCAAAACCUACUCUAGAUCCCUCAAAAUCGGGUCUAUUCCUGUACAUGGAUAUGCACGGUCAUGCCUCCAAGAAAGGAAUCUUUAUGUAUGGAAAUCAUUUUGAUGAUCUUGAACAACUUGUGGAAUGUAUGUUGCUGCCCAAAUUAAUGUCCAUCAAUUCGCAGAAUUUCCACUUUACCGCAUGCAACUUUACAGAAAGAAACAUGUAUCUUAGGGACCGGCGGGAUGGCACUAGCCGUGAAGGUUGUGGCCGUGUUUCGGUUAUGAAGCUGACAGGCCUCGUACGCAGCUACACUCUGGAGUGCAACUACAAUACAGGUCGCAUGGUGAACCUAUUGCCACCUUGUGUUCGAGACUCAGGGCGAAUGUCUGUGAAUCCAGCUUAUGCAGUCCCUCCUAAGUACACUCCCCUCGUUUUUGAGGAAGUGGGCCGUGCUCUUGGAGUGUCCGUAUUGGAUCUUACAAGUUCCAAUCCUUGCAGCCGGAUUCCCAAUUCCGAGUAUCGAAGUGUCAAUGGCAUACGUGAUUGGUUAAGAAGUAACUGUCUAUCAGAUAGUCAGUUGUGGACUCGUAUGCUCCACCGCCCAACUCGACCACAGGUAUCCCAGUCUUCUAGUUCCCAGAUGGUUGCUGGCUCUUCUGGACAGAAACCAAUCCAUCUCACUAAAUCAGUUUUACUGGCAAGGAUUUCAACUGAACUGAAAUCUCUUGGAGAAGAAUAUGCUAGGAAGGAACAACUGAGAAUCCAGAAAACAUCCUCUUGUAGCCAACUUGAUAGUAUGGAGGGAGUAAGCAUACCUCCACCAAAAGAAAAUAUUGGGCCUGGUCAGUGCAGCUCUCGCUCGAGACGUAUUGAGGGAACAUCAUUACAGGCUAAAGCCUCCACUAGUGGCGUUCUGCAACAACGUGCCAAGACGUUAUCGGUCGUAAACCUUGCUACUACAUCAAGGAAGAAACAGAAAUCAUCAGCUACUGGUAGUGGAGGACCUCUUCGCCCUGUACCAAAAUCUAAGGGAUUCCGCCGGUCCAAAACACAGGAGUCUGCUACUCAGAAUUCUUCUGCCAGCGGUGAUAGUUGUUUCAACGAUGAGGGCAAUGCAGAGACGGAAGCCAAGAAUCAGACAAGUUUGGAGUUAUGUGCAACCCCCAAAAGAUUGAAAGUUUCCAAUAAAGGUAUGUCGGGCAAACUUCGUCGCAAACCAGCAGUCUGGACAGUAAAAUCUAUGGAGACAGAGGACAAAAUUGAAUCUCAUUCUGAGGCACCUCCGUUAUUGUGGGCUUCAAACCGAAACCCAGCACCCCCUGUAGCUUGCAAGAAAGCUGCUAUGACUAGCAAAAUUGAAAAAUCUAGAGUUGAAGUGUCUAAAAUUAGGUCAGGAGUGUUUUCAAAAGUAAAAUCUUUCAAAAAGUUAUCCCAACCAGAUUCUUCGGUCAUAGGAGAAAAUAGUCAAAUUAAAUUAGAUGAACCAUCCGUGUUUGUUAAACUUGUGGAUAGACUUCCUGGGACCAAAGUAACAAAACUAACUCCCACUGAAACUUUUAAAAACAAUUCAGGUCCUACUGUAAGUAAAGACUGGCCUCAGUGCAAAAACUCCUCUCGUAACCUGUUGAUUAAAGCUGGAAAAGUUGACUUAUCUUUGCCGGGUCCGUCUUCAGGUGAGCAGAGUGGGUUUGAAGGAAACCAGUUUGCCGGUGCUGGGACAAGCUCCAGAGUGGAACAAAAGCUGAAGUCAAGUGUCCUACGGUCCCUGGAAAAAGGUGCAAAAUCACGGCUUCUUUGUCCAGUCCGUCGACGAAGUAAUGACGGUAAGAAAACAAGAAAGAAUGUAGAUAGAAAACCUUCAGGCACAGAGAAUAGCUUGACAUCAGUUUGCACUCUGAGGAACGAUGCUGCAAGUGAUGAUAACUGUGCCAAUUAAUAACAGUUUAAAAAAAGAAAGAAAAA